AUGGGGGGGCAGAGCAGUCUAGGUCGCCGCGUUCAAGUCUUAGAAUCGUGUUUGUUUUCUUUCGGGUCCAUUUCUUCUGCUGCUUCUGAUGCACUCUCCUCUGUGCUUGUUCCUGUGGUGACUGCUCUGGUGCGGUGUGGGUGGGUGCCUGGUGGGUUGAGAGGUGUGGAAUGGGCGUCCCAGGGACUGAAAGUGUUGCUUCCGGGGGUGCUGCGUCCCAGGGACGCACUGGCGUGGCUUGGUGGUCACUGGCACAUUGAGGGCAGGGGGCAGUACAGGCAGACCCUCGCAUGGGUAACAGUUCAGUAUCCUCUGCUUGCUGCAGUGACCUGCAUUCCCCUUCCACAUUCCACUAUCCCCAAUCCAAGCCGGCGCCUGGGUGAGGGGAGCGAUGCAGAGGAGAGUAAGAGGUGGCCGUGGGAGGAGCGGUGCAGCACAGCACAACCAUCACAAGGCGUGUGCAUGCACAAGGAGGGUAUGUCCUCAAGUGUCUCUGCAGCCGGACUGAAGCAGCGAUGGCAGCAGAAGCAACAACUGGCAGUGCAAGGGGGAGCAUGCGGGGUACGGGUUGCAGCAGGCAUGCUAGAGAACUCUUAUCCUCUUCUAUUUUAUUCCCGCCCGGUGGCGUUCGUCCUCCCAUUGAUCCUCUCUGCACCGACUUCUCCACUUCGCAGCAUCCACCUACAGUCACAUAAAUGGUACACCUCCCCCAAAGUCCCUAACCCCCUCCCUCUAACCACCCGUCCCCUCCUCUGGACUGACACCAUUCCCCCCCCACCCCCUCUCCCCUCCCCUUCCCUUCUCCCCCCCCCCACCAUUGCCCCCCCUGCACCCCCACCCCCUCCCCCCUCUCCCCCCGCCUCAUCAGGAGACAUCCUUGACCCCGUCCACCCUCCCUCCCCACCCGCUGCCCCUCCCCCUCCCUCCCCACCCGCUGCCCCUCCCCAUCCCUCCCCACCCCCUCCCCCUCCUUCCCCUCCCUCCCUCCAUGCACAACAUCCCCCACCUCCCCCCUCCCCACGCCCUCCCCCACUCACUCCACCACCAUACUCCCGUCCCCUACUCCCCACUCCCCCACUCAUCUUUGAGGAGACGAUGCCAGAGAAACUGACUGGGGAGGUGGCACAACAGGAUGUGAGAAACAACAGCCUGGACAUGGACAUGCACCAUGAGAUUGCUCGGACAUGCCAGCAUGGCGAGAUGGUAGCAUGGCGAGAUGGCAGCAUGGCGAGAUGGCAGCAUGGCGAGAUGGCAGCAUGGCGAGAUGGCAGCAUGGCGAGAUGGCAGCAUGGCGAGAUGGCAGCACGGGGAGAUGGCAGCACGGGGAGAUGGCAGCAUGGCGAGGUGGGAACACUCACGUGCCUUUUGUGGUGCAGGAUGCCUCUUCACAUCCCUCUCGACCCCUACACAUCCCUCUCUGCCCGUUCACAUCCCUCUCUGCCCCUUCACAUCCCUCUCUACCCCUUCACAUCCCUCUCUGCCCUAACACAUCCUUCUCUGCCCCUUCACAUCCUUCUCUGCUCCUUCUCUGCCCCUUCACACCCCUCUCUGCCCUUUCACAUCCCUCUCUGCCCCUUCACAUCCCUCUCUGCCCCUUCACUUUCCUCUCUGCCCCUUCACUUUCCUCUCUGCCCCUUCACAUCUGCCCCUGCACGAACUCACCGCCCCAAGGGGCUUCAGAUCCCUUCCCUCUCACUUACCCAUGCAAAAAAAUCAGUCCCUUUCACUUCCACUCACCUGCCCUAA